AUGGAAAACGUCCCUGAAGAUCUUGUUAUUGAAAUCCUAUCACACUUGCCAUUCAAGGUUGCAGCUCAAUACCAGUGCCUAAACAAGAAGCUUCAAGCUCUCAUCUCUAACCAUGUAUUUGCUAUGAAACAAGCCACCCAUCUGUCUCGCCGCUCAACCGUGCUCAUUCGCUCCCCCGAUGUUACUCCAAAUCUUUUCUACAGCAUUCCUCUCUACCCUCCUCACGAGGCAACGAUCAUUCCAACUAAUUGCUUGUCGCCUCGAGCCCCUACGGUCCAAAUCUUAGCUUCAUGCAAUGGCUUGCUUCUACUCCAUUUACCACGCGCCAAUCUUUAUAGCGUUUGCAACCCGGUUACUGGGGACUAUCAAACAAUACAAUGCCCAAAUAGUCUCUUCAAUGGACACGCAGGAUUAGCAAUCGAUUCCAGAAACGUCCUCUCUCCUCAACCUCAGUAUAUAGUCCUCAUCAGAGCUAAGGAGAGCCAGCCCUUAAGGUUACAGUAUAAAUUCAACGUAUUCUCGCAGGGCUCUUGGAGAAAAUCCAAGACGAGUUUAGCUUACGAACAUAAUGAAUUCGUGAGUGGCAACGCUAUUUGCUUAAAUGGGUGUCUGCACUGGCUUCGAGUAGAUGGAAGUGUCAUCGCAUUCGAUGUAGGGGAGGAGAAAUCUCGCUUAAUCAAGAAACCUCCAAGCUUCCAACUUGGAGACAAUAAAUGGCUUGGGAUUGCAGAUGGGGUGAUCACCAUGAUCUCUGCUUCAAGGGAAGAGAUAGUAGUUUGUGCCCUCAUUGAUGAUAGAAAAGAAAGCUGGAAGAUCACAGCCAAUAUAGGCAACAUAGCCCCCAAAGAGAAUACCUAUCAUGGUGGAUUUCCCAUUUCAUUUGAUGGCUUGCAGCUUCUUAUGCUAUAUCCGGUGGAGAAAAUGGAUGGGAAGAUCUAUAAGUAUGAUAUUUACUCCAAAUUGUGGGCACAUAUUGGGACAGUGCGAAACAUGCGGGAUCCCUCUCAAAAUUUUUUCCCAUUUCUUCCUACUUUGGCAAAGGUCUCAAUUGCACAAUCAGGGCUGAAAAUUCCAAUAUGCCUCCCUGAGUUGAGAAGGCUCCUUAAACGUUCCAUUGAAGUUUGA